UUUGGCGCCACGGAAACUUCAUCUCAACAACAUCCCAUGGGACGGGCACCCAAGUCGACGAAGAAGGCUCCUAUGCAACCGCAGCCAACGGAAGAAGAAGCGCCAGCUUGGUGGGUGUACAUAUGCCCGUCUAUCACGGGAGUGCAACGCCAAUGCGUCCAAGUAUGUGUCCGUGUGAUGGGAGGACAAGUGACGGAUUCGAUCGACGUCGUCCAAGGGAAAGGCGGCACACGACCAGGGACGACACCCGUCCAGAGCUAUGUAAUAUGCCCAUCAAGUCACUACGACUCGUACUUGACGCUUCGUGAGAACUGCUACGUUCCGCUGGUGACUCCCACGUGGAUUUUCCGAAGCGUGCUGCAGAAUUCGCAGCUGCUAUUGCCAACGGACCGAUUCUCGGCAAACCCGAAGAAAGUGUUUUCGUCCGUCGUGCUCUACUGCGUGCAAGUGGAUGUGGACCCUCGCAAGGUGAUUGCCGCGCUGAUGGCAAAUGGUGGUGGACAACUCGUAUCGCUGCCGACAAAUGCAGCAACUCACGUUCUAUGUUUGCGCAACAGCGGGAGCGACUACAUGCAAGCUGUCGAGUGGCAGCGACAGACCAAACCCAUGCUUGACGAAGUGGCAUCCAACGUUGCGCUUGUGCGCGACGGCUGUGACCGCUUCGCUGCCGGUGGUUGCAAAGGGUCGUUACCAGACAUGGUGGUGCAGUACCUCCUCGGGCAAUGCGGUCUGCUGUCCCCGCAAAUCGUAAGCUACGACUGGGUUCAGGAGUGCGUUAAGCAGGGCCGUCGAGUGCCCGAGAGCGAUUUUAGCUUUCCCGACGGAAGCGACAUUUUGUCCGCGACGAGCUCCACUGCCUCUGCCAGCGAACUAACCGUCCAAGACCUAAUAGAAACGUGCCAAAAGCAAACGAUUUACCCGCCUGUGCCUGCCUCAGACGACUUGUGGAAAGAUCUGGCAAAAGGGACCGUCACUUCCGACGCCAUGGCUGGUGAGACGAUCCUUUUUGCCCGGCACAUUCCUACCUCCCUGCGACAUCGUAUGAUGCAUGCGCUGGAGGCGUUGGGAGCAUCUGUGGUGUCUCCUAGCUCCGAAGACGUCCUCAUCCAAUUGCCCAAAGCUUCUUACGUCGUCUGCGGAUACCAAAGCGGCGCCGAGUACGCCACCGCUUUGAAGAUGCAAAAACCCAUCGUCAGCAUGCAAUGGGUGGCGGCAUGUAUUUCUGCGAAAGCCAUCGUGGCGACGUCUCCGGAGACGUCGCUCGUACGGCAAGCCCUGUACGCACCAUCGCGACGCCACGGCGGAAUUACUGGCAUGGAAGGGUGCGUGAUCACACUCUCGGGAUUCAACGGCCGGUCCAGUCCAACUCGCGAUGAUAUUCAAGCCCUUGUGCGGCUCACCGGCGCGUGUUACCUGUCUGUUUUAUCUCGGAGCCACACCACCCACUUGCUGUGUCUUGAGCCUUCAGGUGAAAAAUUCAAACGGUCACUUGCGUGGGGCCUCACCAACGUCGUCAAAUUUGAGUGGCUAGUCCAGUGUGUGCAACAGUGGCGAAAGGUACAUGAAGCCGCAUAUUCGUGGCUAGAACAACGUCCCUCAGCGAGCGCAACCAUCGAUGGCGCCACGACGAACACAACUUCAACCAAUGUCGCAGUGGAAGUCCCUAAAACCGCAAUGGACACAAUUAGCUCUGGUAACCCAACCAAGAUGACGCUGUCAAAGCCUGGUGCGAAAAAGGGGCCGAAAUUUCAAGUGGACGAUGCAUUGGAUGCGUUGGAAAACGACAAACGAUCAACUCCCUUGAAAGCAGCAUCCACUCCAUCCAAACAGCCGUCUACCGAAAUAGUAGCUGAGGCUGGCAGUGCCGUGACAACGCCUAUUCAACUGCGCAAAGCCAUCGCGACCAACUCAAUUGAGAAUGAAAUUGUUGCGAAGCACGGCCGGUCGACCAUUGCGGCUACGAAGAAACCAACUGCUAAGGCCAAGAAACGACCGUCUCGCGCGACAGCAACGGAAUCGAAUGAUGAAAUUGAAGUCAUCGAACAGGACGAUCCACCUCCGCCAGCAAAAUCUAGGCGCACGGCUGCUGCGAAUCGGAUGGAGACAACUGAUGCGCCAUCGACCCCCACGCCAAAUAAAUCAGCCCCACUGGCCAAACCGAAAGCCUCUCGCUACGUAUUUCUCCUGACUGGUUCCCACGAAGAUAUGGCGAUGGACGCGUCGAUCGUGAUGGCAUUGGGCGGCACUGUCUUGGAGACAAAGAGGGCAUUCGAUCCAGCAUGCACCCACAUCAUUUGCAAAGACCUUCGACGGACGGAAAAGGUCGUAUGCGGAAUCGCGUCCGGCAAGUGGAUUUUGUACCCCGCCUACCUCAAGGAAUGUCUGGCGAAAGGCAUGUUUGUCGACGAAGUGCCGUUCGAGUGGGGCGCCCCCACCGCGUCGAAACGUACGGCAAAGGGCUCACUGGACCACCGCAUCUGGCCGUUGGUGGCGCAGUACUGGCGGCAAGAAAUCACGUCGGGGCGGUCGAAAGGCGCAUUUUACCGGAGAAAAUUUGGCUUGCAUGACGCUGACUCAAUGACGCCGCCGGCAGACAUGUGCAGGCGAAUCAUUCAAGCGGCAGGUGGAACGGUCGUAGACGACACGUCGAAAUUCGACAAAGACACGAUGGUGCUUGUGGGCGAAGCAAAGAAGAUGGAUCAAGCAGUGAAGCGGUGGCAAGGGCUAGGAAUACCGUGCAUUGCACCGGGAUUUCUCAUAGACUACAUUACCAAGGAUCAGCACAGCCGACCAACGUGGCAGUCUUAUGCCGUCGGGUCCUAACCUAGUCUUCUUCCUUCGGCACCCCUUCGACCAACUCGUCGUCGUGGCUGUAGUUCUACUCAUCACGCCAAGUAUUGUUAUGAACCAAAGAUCCGCUUAAAAGUAUGGAGGCACCUACCUGUCGGAAGAGCUGGAACC